GAUGCCAUGAAGCAGUAACUCAUUAUCAUGGUGCAGGACAAUGUACCACCACCACCAUCACAGCACUGAGUGAACUCCUACAUGAUGACUUCUCAGACAUGUACCUGUUGCACAGAAGUCUGGUGCAGAGGAUGAGGAUGACUCCUUGACAACUUCUUUAAUAAUGGUCUUUUUCUCAUUCCUCUUCCUCAUGUCUACAGCUGCCUUCAUUGCUUGCAAGGUGUGCAAGAGAAAGGAGUUGAAGGGUGGCCAUGAGCUUUAUAGUGCCAGCAAUUUGCAGGGCAGCCUGGCAAUAUGGUCAUGGCAGGGAGUCUGCCCCACCCCUAUUGCUUCACGAUCAGCCUCACAGUAUGCUCAGCAACAGAGAGCUCAAGUUCCUGAAGCUCAGCCUGCCAUGAAACCACUGUGCCAUGGGUGAUGGUACUGCCAAUGAGUUGUGUUUCCCUUGUUCAAUCGUGUUGAACCUUCUCUUACCUGUUCCCCUUCAGAAGGACUGGCACUCCAGGUGUAAUAACAAAGUGUUUAAAUGCAGGUGUGUGGCACUGAAUAUUGGCAAACUCUCACACUGUUGUGCUGCAGAUCCGAAGUGCAGCAAUUAAAACUGAGCUCCCCUUGUGUGUGAAAGUGAAAUAAGGAGAGCACCUGAAGGCCUUGUGUGGAGACAGGUGACUCUGUAGAGGUGUUGUUCCUGGGAAAGCUCUGUGAAUAUUCUCAAAAGGCUUUUCUUCUUCUGAUGCUCCUUGGCUGAGGUAAGGGUGAGCAGGUCCAUUCCUUUAGUUUGGUGAUGAGGCCUACAGUGGACAAUCAGGACAGUCAUAGGGUGGAGGGAAUUGCAGGCAGGACUCUGUGGGUCUUCUGAGCACUGACUUUCUGUCUGUGACAGGGUCCCCUUCAAUCCAGGUCAGGGGAAAGUUUUCCUUCCCUCAAGAAGGGCCGUGGGUGUGGUGAAGCAUCUACAAAGCACUGAGGAGGAGAUGUUGAACUCUCCCUCUCUACUGAGAACUUCAUCUGUAGAUGUCAAGUUUAAAACUUUUAUAGAGGAGUAUGGAAAGACACACCAACCACAUCACAAGGGUCAGAAGAGACCCCCUUGUUUGCUGAAUCUCACAGAGAGGAGUCUGAGUGUGACUGGAUCCAGCCUUAGACCCUGACUAUAAGGAAGAAUUUACAUCUCAGGUUCUGACAGAGUUGUUGUUUUUUCAAGUCGAGCAGAACCAUGAACAUGCCCAGACUUCUCCUCCAACCAGCUUGUUUAGCAGCCACUCUUCAUCUAUGAUGAAUGGAAUAACAUCAUUUCAAUUUUACUACUCAUCUGAUUUCAUCAUCCUCUUUUCUUCUCUGGGAGACACCUGGGACCUCAUUGUCCAAGACUCCCAGUACUUCCCCAUUUAUACUAAGCAAAAGUUCAAGUGAUGUUUAGCUACAGUUUGCACCCUGAGACUUCAUCUCUCCAGUCUCUCAUGCUCAGCACUCCCACUAAUCAAAACAAGCUUCAGUUCAACCCAGUUUAAAGUGAUCACAAAAUUAAUUCAACUAUGAAACUAUUUUCACCUGAAACAACCUUUCUUUUGUUUUAUUCAGUGUUAUAAAUAGAAUUUUAUCCUUCCUUUUAUCCUUAUGUAAGAGUUAAACUGGUCUUGGAGGCAGCUAUGUGUCUCUCCAGCCCAUUGUGUGUGCAUUUCCCAGAGCUCUCUGCUUGCUGGAUAGGAGCAAUUACAGAGUCAGCCCAUCCUCAAGGUAGAUGAUGAGUGUCUGACUCUGAUUUUAUCCAGUUUCUGGCACAGACCCUGGCUCAUACUGACAGCCUGUAGCCAGGAUCCUUUGCUCUCCCCUCCCACCUCUGCUUCCCGAUAAUUGUUCCCUUUAGACUCCCUUUUGAUGAAGUUUGAUUCUAUCUCUAAUCACCUAAUCAUAAACUCUGUGUAUUCCCAGAACCUUUCUCAAUCACCUCGAAAUCAGUUUUAUCUCUCCUCUCUGGUCUUUCCUGAUGCUUUGUUUUCAUUGUUUGUUUGACCUCAUGUAUCAUUUAGAAAGUUUCUGAUGCAUCCUCCAAGACGUGGCAUGUGUAUGAUUCCUCUAAUGUCUCGUCAAUAGGCAUCAUUAUGGAGCUAUUGUCUCCAUUAGCUUCUAUUUGUUAGCAUCUGGGCACCCAGAGGGUUAAUUUAUAAUCUCUCUCAGAUGUUUCAUUGCCGGUACACGAGUUCAGGUUUGACUUCUGACUGCAAGAAGCUUCGAGUUAUUUCUAAGAUCGGGAGAGGAGAAAGGCCAGUGUGCCUCCAAAACAUGCAAGCAGGUUGCAGAGUGACAAUGUUUUUGCGCGGAUGGGGACAUGUUAACACAAAAAUGCCAGAGAGUGACACAGCUUAACGUGAGUGCCAGAGCUAGCAGGCGACAGAGUGGGACACUCGCGUAAAGGGGAAGAAUUUGCUUUUGAGGUCUUUCCUGACACCACAGAUCUGGCUCCGCUUCUAUUCGAAAGGAGCAACUGGAAGCCCCAAAGUCCAAGGCAGCAGCACCAAUCCGAAACAGAAGAGCCAUUCCCGCUGCCGACGCUGGGUGGCAGUGUUGACCACGGACCAGCAGCUUCCUCUCCCCGCCCAGCCUCUGCAGCACCGGCAGACAAAAACCGAGCUGCCUGGGCAAGGGCGGAGAGACAAACAGCCGGGCUGCUCGGGAGCCUGCAGAAGCCCUUCCUCUCUGUCCCUGGCGAGUAAGGCUCCACCUGGGACGCUGCUUGGAAAUGCCGGAAAGCCAGGGGGACGGUGUCUGCCUUCUGUGGAGAAGAACGGCGUGGAACGGGAGACGGAGCAGAGGCAGCCCCAGGCAAGUGAUCUCCUUCCUUCUGUGCGUUUGCGUGUGGCAGAGCGCGGCCGAAAGCCUCCGCUAUUCUCUGGCGGAGGAGAUGGAGAGGGACUCGUUGGUGGGCAAUAUCGCGCAGGACCUGGGGCUUGCUCCGAGCCAGCUGGCGGCUCGCAAGGCGCGCGUUGUGUCCGAUGAGAACCAGCAAUUCUUCCGCCUGAACCCGAGCAGCGGAGUGCUGACGGCCAAGGAGUCUCUGGACCGGGAGGAGAUCUGUCCGCAGAGCGAGACCUGCAUGCUGUUCUUUACGCUUUUCCUUGACAACCCGUUGGAGCUGAUCCGAGGGGAGGUGGAGGUUCUUGAUGUUAACGACAACUCCCCCCUGUUCCCACAGAAGGAAAUUGUUUUAAAGAUUCCCGAGACGACAGUUCCCGGGUAUCGUUUCCCUAUCGAAAGUGCCCACGACAAAGACGUGGGCAUCAAUGGUUUGCAGAAUUACAGCCUCGAAUAUAAUUCACAUUUCUCCCUCGAUGUCGCAAGAGAGGAAACUGGAGUAGAGCUAGUCCUAGAGCGGCCUCUGGACCGUGAAGAGCAGCAAGAGAUGACUUUACAUCUUAACGCCAUCGACGGAGGCUCUCCACCUAGGUCAGGCACGGCAAAGAUCCGGAUCGUGGUGCUGGAUGUCAAUGACAACACUCCAGUGUUCAACAAGAAGGUCUACGAAGUCCGUCUGGCUGAGAAUAGCCCCCCAGGGCAGCUAGUGGUUAGGAUUGCAGCAACGGAUCCCGACGAAGGAUCCUAUGGGAAGGUGCAGUACUCCUUCACCCAGACAUCCGAGGAAUUCCGACAGCUCUUCGAUUUGAACCCUGACACGGGGGAGAUUCGAGUGGCAGGCAGCUUAGACUUUGAAGAAGUGAAAAAACACGAGAUGAUGGUGAAAGCCACCGACGGGGGAGAACUAUUCUCGCACUGUAAAGUGUUGGUGGAAGUCACGGAUGUCAACGACAACGCUCCGGAGAUACAGCUGACCUCACACACUGCCUCCAUUCCUGAGGACGCUCCGCCACGCACCGUCGUGGCACUCUACAGCGUGCGGGACCGGGACUCAGGUGACAACGGCAGAACGGAGUGCAUCAUCGAUGGAGACUUGCCCUUCACUCUCACCCCCACCUUCGGGAAUUUCUACGAGCUGAGAACCAGCGCGGCGCUGGACAGGGAGACGAGGGCAGAGUACAACAUCAGCAUCCGAGCGACGGACUGGGGCCAGCCGCGCCUGAGCGCCCUUGAAAGCCUGUGGGUGCAGGUGGGGGACGUGAACGACAACGCCCCCGCCUUCAGCCAGGAGCUGUACAGCCUGUGGGUGACGGAGAACAACAGGCCGAUGGUGCGCAUCGGGCGCGUGCAGGCGAGCGACGCGGACGCGGGCAGCAACGCGCGCGUGCAGUACGCGCUGGUGCGCGGGGAGGGCGCGGAGCAGCCCGCGCUGUCGGUGAACGCGGAGAGCGGCGAGGUGUACGUGGUGCGGGCGCUGGACUACGAGCGGCUGCGCGCCUUGGAGGUGCGGGUGCGCGCCACGGACGGCGGCUGGCCGGCGCUGAGCGCGCAGGCGGUGCUGCGCGUGCUGGUGCGCGACGAGAACGACAACGCGCCGGUGGUGCUGCACCCGGGCGGCGAGAGCGGCGCGGGCGCGGGCGAGCUGGUGCCGCGCUGGGCGCCGGCGGGCGACCUGGUGGCCAAGGUGGUGGCGGUGGACGCGGACGCGGGCCAGAACGCCUGGCUGUCGUACGAGCUGGCCAAGGCCACGGAGCCGGGGCUCUUCCGCCUCGGGCCGCACAGCGGCGAGCUGCGCACGGCCAGGGCCGUGGCCGAGCGCGACGCGCCCCGACACAGCCUCGUCGUGCUCGUGCGAGACCGCGGCCAGCCGCCGCGCUCGGCCAGCGCCACCCUCGCCGUCGCCCUGCUCCGCGACUUCUCCGACGCCCACGCAAGCCUCGCCCACGACCCGCCGCCCCACGAGCCCGACCACACGCUCACGCUCUACCUCAUCGCCUGCCUGGCCUGCGUCUCCGCGCUCUGCCUGGCCACCGGCCUGGCCGCGCUGCUCACGAAGCUGCGGCGGGACCGGCGCAAGCGCGCCGAGCCCUUGCCCACCUUCCCCACGGCUGUGCCCGACAGCGACGCGGGCUCCCUUCCCCGCAGCCUGGUGUACGACGUCUGCUUGGCCACCGGCACCCUGAGCAGCGACUUUCGCUUCCUCGGACCCUUCUUGCCCUGCUUCCCUGCCGAGGUGCCUCCAGGCGCGGCCCCUCAACGGAUCUCGGUGUGCUCGCAAGAUCCGACCAGCGUCGGUGAAGGAGGAAAUAGUGCCGCACAGGCUCCCCUUUCCAAAGACACAGGUCCUAGACCUGCUGAAGCAGCCUGUCCUGCAAACGUAGGGAUGGACCCUAGCACCGCUUCUGAUCAGAAACAUUGGCUCACGCACGAGUAAGUGAGGAGAAAGACAAGCUUCUCUGUCCUCACUGACCAAUAUCCUCGCAGAAAAGAUAAUGAGGAGACCAAACAGCUACUAAGAAAGUAUCACAGAGGUAGAAGUCUUCUCUGAGAGACCAAAACCUCCUCUCAUCUUGGGCACUACUUUAUUCAUGUAGGCAUUUUGUAGUUGUGACAUUGGAUGGAGGAGGACUCUGUUGCUUGCUAAUUACACUGAGAUUUGAUGCAUGUUUUUGAGACUGCUUCUGAAUCUUAAGGGAAAUGUUGAAAACAAGAAGCAGACCUUUGAGGUUAUCUUUUCCUACAUCACCUAUGUUUUAUUCCUCUCAUGGCUUUCUAAUAACAUUUUUUGUUUUCUGCAAUUUAGUCUUGCUUUCAAAGUUGUUCCUUAGUAACAGGGCUUCUGUGUUUAGCUCAUAUGUGGGGUGAAGUUGUAGCAGUUGUUCUAUUAUCCAGUGACCCCUUCCCAGCUGAGGAGAAUUUGUAAAAGGAGAUUCACAAGUCAAAAUAAAAACUGAUUUAAUGAAACAACAAAACUGGUACCAAAAUCAAUGUAAAAUGUAAAAAGUUAUGCUUUGCCCAGCAAAGCUGCAGUAGUCAGAAUGCACAGAGCAAGGCAGUCCUCAAGAGCAGGAGAAGGCUCCCUGACAGUGUAUUUAGUCAUUUAAUUGGUCUUCAUCUCAUUCCUCUUUCUCAUGUCCACAGCAGGCUUUGUUGCUUUCAUGGUGUGUAUGCAAGAGAAGCUCAAGUGUGGACAUGUGCUUUAUGCUGCUGGCAACCUGCAAGGCAGCCUGGUAUUGGAGCCUUGGCAGAGACCCUGCCCCAUGUCUAUUGUUACAAUAUCAGCCUCACAAUGGGCUUGGGAACAGGUAGUCCAAGUUCCUGAGGCCUAUCUUACUCAGCCUGCCACUACACCACUGUGGCCUGAGUAGUGGCACUGGUGAACAAGAUUGCCCCUGUCACUGCAGAGGACAUGGCGCAAUGCUGGGAUGCUCUGUCUGGGGCGGUUCAAUAGUGUUUCCUUUUGCUAUCAUGGAGUCAGCACAGGUAAAGACUUUAUGCCUUAGAGGAGGAAGGGAUCCAGGCUACAACAUGCAGCAAUGAUUCCACCAGAGUAACUCUGCAUUUGGAAAUGACAUCACUGAUCAUACCUUAAUUCUAAGCCAGAAAAAAGGUUAUCUUCACCAAAACAAAACCAAACGAAUGAAACUAAAAGCUCCCUCAUUCAAGCAAUAUGUAUCAGGUCUCUCACACCCAAGUUUGAAGUGCCUCAAAAGCACCUCCUUUCUUGAUUCACUUGCCUUCACACAGGACCCUAAACCUCAUACCUUAUGCUGUGUGGUACAAUGCUAAUUUCAGACAAACAAAUCACCCCUCCACUGAAAGGCACAGAGCCCUCAUUGCUGUUCAGGAAAGGAAAGGAGGUGUGACCAUUGAAUUAAAAUAAGUCACAAGUGUGGAACUCUGUAUUCUCUGAGUUCUGGAUGUCUCUCUCUGAGAUGUGUGACCUCUGUGUGCUUUGCCUUCCAAUCACUUUGUCUGUUAAUACAUUUGUGUAUCUGCACAUGAUGCAUGAAGGCUUUUUGCUUCAGCUGCUCCUAUCAAGCCAUUGCAAUGUGUCCAAUUGCUCCUGUCAAGCCAUUGCCAUGUGUCCAAACCCAGCUCAGCAGGGAAACUCUCUGACUCUCUUUUUCUUUAGGAGAGAGCAGCAAAAUGCACAAGAUCCUAAUCCAGCCCAUAAGUGAUUCUUUUUUUCAGGCUAAUUUCUGAGCAUUACCUUGGAAUAUAACAGCACUAAUGAUAUCAGGAUGGGUUGUCACUGCACAGAGUUGAGAAAAUAUGUUCAUUGUCUUUAGGUGCAUUGUAAAGAAACUCCAGGAGUACCUUCAAAAAGCAUUUUCCAAAGGUAGAAUUGAAAGAAACUUGGAAAAAUGGCCACUGAGUUCGGUCUCAUCUUUCCUGAUCUUGAAUUCAGAGACUUCUUGACGGGACUGGAAAGUUGUCUCAGUAUGAUCUGCUGGGUCUGUGCUAAAGUAUUUGCAUUCUCCGUUUUGCCCUUUCUACUUCUGCUCUGAACUGCUUCUAAGCCUUGUCUUACUCGUUCCUCUUCAGAAGGACUGUCACCCUGGGUCUAAUAACAGAGAGUUUGAAUGCAGGUAUGUGGCAUGGAAUAUUUGGAAGCCCUCACACUGUGUUGUGCUGCAGAUCCGAAGUGUAAUAUUUGAAAGUGGCAUCCCCUUGUGCAUGAAAGUGAAAUAAAGAGAACACCUGAA